AUUAACCAAGGAAAAAAUGAUUCGUACGAUGAAUCAUUUUCACCUGGGUACAUUUUAAAAAUAUUUUAUUAAAAUAACAAUUUAAAAAUUUUAAUUUAUUUAAUUCCUUUUUUUCUUUUUCAGCACCAAGUGAUUCUCCUGAAAAGCUGUCACCAUGUUCAGUUUACCGUGUACCAACAGAAACAUCAUUAUCAUUAUCGUCAUCAACUGGACCUGAUUUAAAAAUCACUUCUUCAAAAGUAGAGAAAUCGAAAAAGCAAGAAGCUAAAUUUUCCCAUUCAACAUCAACUUCAAAAAGAGAUGGUGUUGACUCAUCAAUUGAAAGUGGUGCUGGCCCCUCUUCAAAACGAAAGAAAUACAGUGUCGAGAAAUCUACAAUUGGUGUUUCUUCAAACAGAAAAAGAAAGUCAAUUACUUUGGAUAAUGAAAAUAUUGAUAAACCGUUGCAUCAUAAAGUGAGAAGAAGAUUGGAAUUAAUGGGAACAGAAAAGCAUACGGUAAAAGUUUGUUUGGGAAAAUUAUGUAAAUCAGCAAACAUAAAAAAUCGAAUUGAAGAAGAUGCAAAGGUUGUUUCAUCAAUGAUGUAUGAGGCAACAACAAUGGCAUUAUUCGGCCUGUAUGAAGAAACGAAUGUUGAAAAUUGUCCAUCAUUGUUGGAGAAAUGGACCAACAAUGGUCCCGACUUUCUGCCAUUUUUAAUAUCAUUAAAGCAGAAAGUAAAUGCUCAACGUAAAGUAACUGAACAGGAUGCGAAAAUAAAUACAAUGGUCAAUGAAUAUAAAGAAUUAAGGAAUGACAUUCCACUUUAUGACGGAGAACAUAGAACGGCAAUAAUUCAGGAGGCAGCUUUAGUGUUGAAUCGAAACUUUAAAACAAAUUUCACGACGCAUGCAGCAUCACGAUUAAGAAGAUAUUUGCAGCUAUUAAUGGAAAUUGAAGACGAAGAAAAAAAUCAUAUGGAAGUAGAUGAAAUUCAAGAAAUUUGUUCAGUUUACCGUAUCAAAAAUGAUAAUGAUGAAAAAAUAAAAAUUAGGAGUUUUAAAAAUAGCAUUAAAAAUGAACAAAGAAAAGAAUUUCAAAAAUCUCAAAAAAAAAUUCCAGAUGAAAUGCGAGAAAAAAAUACAUCAGACUAUUGCGAUGAAAGAUAUGUUCGACAGGAAAAAUAUCACAAACAUUGCGAUAAAGUCUAUUAUAAAAAAAGGCCAAGAAGGCGAAGAAAAAAAUCGAAAAAGGAAAAAGAAGAAGAAAAAGAGAAGAAUAAUGAAAAAGAAGAAGAAAAAGAGAAGAAGAAGGAAGAAGAAAAAGAGAAGAAUAAGGAAAAAAAGAAAUUUCGAAAAAGAAGGCCUUCAUUUUAUAAAGAAUCUGUUGCUGCUUUAAAUCUCCUGCUGCAAAAAAAUAAAUGUCAAGUGAAAGGAUUCCCUAUUGAUUUACUGAAAAAGGAUGAUGUUGAUGCUACCAAUGAAAAAAAUUGGACUUUAGAAAAUUGA